AUGGCCUCUGCUGACGACGUUUACGAGGGCAAACCGCUCACCCAGCUCUGGCCUACAGAGGAUAGACCGGGCUGGCGAGGUUUCAUUGAAUGGGAGGAUCGCCCCGACAGAAAGAAGAUCGUCCAUGAACUCUUGAAGCGGAGGAAAUUUCCGUAUCCUCCGGAAUUUCAGUUUGUACCACUCCCAAAGACAAACCCAAUCCUUGACGGCGAGCGCUUCAAGGCUUACCAUGCGGCCGUCGGUCUAUCCAGUAUCGUUGACUUUAGCUGGGAGACGGUCCUGAAAGAGAAGCCAAAUAUGAUACAUCUUCUCCAGUUUCCGUAUAAUGGGGAAACACGACGCGAAGAUCUUAUUGCGGGCAAGAUAACCGAUAACAAAGUUCAUUUCAUUCGCAACCACGGCGGCGUACCCGAUAUCGACGAAGAUGCCCUCGAGAUCUCCAUCGGAGGUCUUGUAAACAAGCCAGUCAAGCUUACCAUGAAGGAUCUGAAGGAUCCCAACAAGUUCCCCCAAACCGAAGUCACGAUUACGCUGCAGUGCGCCGGUACUCGUCGCCGAGAACAGAUUGAGCAGUACCCAGGAGACGGUGAUGAACUAAUCAACGCCCCUUGGGGAGAGGGUGCCAUUGGCACUGCUGUCUAUAAAGGUGUCCCGUUGAAGAAGGUCUUGAAGAUCGCGUGUGGAGGCGUGCUCCCCGAAUGCCAACACAUCGAGUUCAUAGGCGCUGACACCUACUUCAAGAAAGGCGACGUUUUCAACUACGCAGUGUCGGUGCCGUAUCGCAAAGUGCGCAGGAACGAGGAAGUGCUCCUCGCCUGGGAGAUGAACGGGAAGCCCCUCCCCAAGAUCCACGGGUUCCCUCUUCGAGCCGUGGUCGCGGGCUACAUCGGCGCCAGGAGCGUCAAGUGGCUUUACAAGAUCAACGCCUUGGCCGAACCCAGCUUGGGUCCCGUUCAGAGGCAAGAGUAUAUAUACUACACCUCACAGAUGGGAAAGCAGAACGUCACGUAUUCCAACGGAUUUUCCAUCCAGGACAUGCCAGUAUCGAGCGCUAUCAUAUUCCCGCUUGACAAGACCACAAUUGUGCAUGACGGCACGAUAGAAUUGCAGGGAUGGGCGUACAGCGGAGGCGGCAACUGGGUCGAGAGGGUGGAAGUUUCGCCUGACGGGGGCCACGUCUGGUACCAGGUUGCAGCGGAAGAUAUGACCGAGAAGCACUACUACGCCUGGCGCCUCUGGAAGACAAAGCUGCCCGUCGAUGCCGAGGGCUGGCUCGAGUUCUGCGUGCGCACCUGGGAUUCUUCGUGCAACACGGAGCCGACCUUUGUACGCUCAGCCUGGAAUUGGGAUCUGCACGUAACUUCUUCGGCGCAUCGUAUCAAGGUGUACAGCGUCAACAGGACGAAGCCCGCCACGGCUAAGCGGCUGAAAGAACUCGAGGAGCAUGGCGAGACCAUUGAGCCGAUUACCAGGCCGCUAUCGUUCCCCCUCGAGGAUCACGAGACGUAUCAAGCCAACACCCAGAAGUACCCGAGAGAACCCAAGAAUUGA